AUCGGCCUUGUUCAGUACCACGACGGAAUUAAAAUUUCGAAGCAAAAUGCUAUCAGCAUUAAAUCAUUUCUUCUUUGUAUGUCCAAUAUUUGGAGGCAAGAUUUGGACUAUGAGCCUGUCUGACAAGAAUGAGUAUUCCAGAGAUAUAUUCAAAUAUAUGCUGCUAUGCAUGAAGAUUUUCAAUUCUCCCCCCGAAAGCCUGGCGCUCAUUUUCACAGAUUGUCAACUUAAAGAUCUCAUGUUUUGUUUCAAGUGAAACGAUGGUUUGAAAUCAAAGACCGCGUUAAGAAAUCGCGGUGGAUUCGUUUAAAGGAGGUGGAAUGAAAGCCUUUUAAGCAACAACUGAAAGUGACUUAUACAGAAGUUAUGGCAGGGUAAUCUGCAAUAGGUGACCCGCUUUCGUAUUCACCAGCACGUGACAUGGUUUGUUUGCAACACCUGGUGGAAUCACACAGCCGUGAGCUUGUCAAUGCCUGUGAAAACAUGGUUUUACUGUUGGCGGGCGGUACAAGGUUCUAGAAGGAGGUUGAAAGUUGCGGAGGGUGAGUUGAAUGCAGUCUAGCGAAAAUGGUGUAUUCUUUUGCGCCUGUGCUAGGAUGAGCGAGUCAAAUGAUAUUGCCCAUGAUAUCUCGUAAAAGCUUAUGGCACAUGUAUGCAACGGCGUAGUGAACGACGUGCUUUGCGCAUCCUAAGCAGCUGACAUGGUUAAUAAGUGUCGAGCAAAUGCUGGGCGGCAGUCUGAUACGCAAUCGGGUUUUAAAGCACUGAAUUGAUAUAAUGUUUUAGUCUCGAGCUCCUGCUGGUGAAGUAGCCUCAAAUAAAGUGUCAUUAUCUUGCUGACGUGCCUUGCACAUGUGCUAGAAGGUCGGUGGUCUCCUGCAUUACAGAGUCACGUCUGGUUUAGGUGCAGGAACACUGCAGCUUGUUGAAAUCUCCUUCGCAAGAAACGACCCAUACUGUUUUGGCUGUCUAACCGCGAGUACUACUAUGACGUAGACAGCAUCUUUGCCCGUCACCCAUCUCUUCUUCAUCAAGCACUCUGAGUAUAUGGGUGAGCUCACAUCUGUCUAUCAUCUCUUACGUUUGUAAAUACUCCUAGCCUUUCACUCGCAGUGGUUUUCUGUAACGUCAAGAGUGGUGCACAGGUGAAAAACGGUGUCAUAUACAAAUCGUCGGGGUAUGAAUUUGUAAAAGGUGAGUCUGCCGAUCAGACAAAAGUCGAAAAUACAAGGCAGGCGAAACGCAACCUAUCCUAAAUGCUACGCUGUAAUCGUUUGUGGCAUCCUUCAAAGCUGAUGUGCAGAAAUUUAAAAAGUAGAGGACAAGUGCUAGCCUCACGGGGGCUUCGGACCGGAAGCGAAUGCGAGAGCUCUGAAAUUAGCGAGGAAAGCAAGCUCAGUGAUGAUAGAAAUGGCUUGGAGCCUGCCAUUAGCGGUUCAGCCGUAUUCUGGAAGCCUCAUAAAGCUCGACGAAUUAUUAGGUGACGCAUGUGAGAUGCACCUACGCUAAUUCUAUCAAGCUCAUCCUAACGAAGAUGAGACGACUGUUUGCUACACUGAUCACCUGGGUUUCAUCGUCUCCGCCCGUGGUGAAUCGAGCAGGGGCAAAAGGUGGUCUUAUCGUGAGACUGUGUUGCUUGUUGUUGUUGCCGAAAAACCAAGUUCAUACCAUCAUGGUCAAACCUCGUGGCUCUGUCGAGGAUUCAUUUACCCUGAGGGCGACGUGUAUGCCAUCGAAGCCAAUGCUUGGAUGGACGCGACGAUGUGGAACGACAUUUUACGAACACAAUAUGGGAGGAUUACUUGUACAGAAAAGAUGGUCCACUGAGCCUUCACGUCGACAACUUUAAGUCGCGUCUGUCGCCUAAGUUCAUGGAGGCACUUGAACAACAAGGAAUAGAGUUGGGGUACCGAUAAAAACAAGAGCGGUGCUACGACCGCUCAAUUUGGACGCCAUGAGCUUAUCUGAGAGAAUUUUCCUGGCAAAAGGAACUACUGCUAACGAUACGCUCUGCUACUGCCGAACAGAAGAUGUGAGUAAUUGCAGAGAUGGUGAUUUGCGCGUGGAAUAGCAUUUGUGGUGAGACAAUUAGAAAGGCCUGGAUUAAAUUCUGCAUUCGGGAGGAUGAACAGUAAAGAAAUUUGUCUGAGAAAAAGGAAGGCGGGGACGUCAGCAUCCGCAUCUGCUGUGUAAGAACCCUGACACCCGUUUGGAGCUAGCUCCUUCAACUUGCCUUUUGACAGAGAACUACUUAAACCCAUACCACCAGUAUCCGACAUACCCAUCAAGUGAUCAAUUGGACCGCUGCCGUCUGACAAUUUUCUUGGGGUCCUGCACAAACUAUUCACAUAAGUGGUCGAAAUAGUUGGUUCUAUGUUUAUGUCAUGCUACGGUUCUACUGAAUGAUGAAACCUCAUCGAUCGUUAGAUUUUCAACGCAGACAUUAAGAAUUUACUUUCACGGGAGAUAGCAGAAUGUAUGUGGUAUACGUUUUCGCAUUAUACUUUCAACUGUAAAAAUGAUAUCGAUUUUGAUGCUUUUUUGCGUCAAAAUUCAUAUUGUAGUGAUGCGGGUAGACAUUCCUGCUCAAUGACAGUACGGAACAUCGGAAGUGGAGCUAACUUUGUUCCAGUAUCAUAGCUUUGAAACAUUACAUUUGGUCCUUCGACUAGCUCGUAAUAAAGAACAUAUUUGAUCUAUGAUGGGAGUGAAUGCGAGAGACUACAACAAGAGCAAUUCCGCUAAAUACAAACCUGAAAGGUAUGAAUGAAUAAGAG